CGUAGUGAUCCUGCACAACCGUGUAAUAAGAACUGAUCGCAGCCGCUUUUUUCGGCGUUGUCAUCACGUUUAAUCGUUUUUUUUACAGCUUUUCUUGAGCGAACGACAUUUCUGCCACACUUGUCUGCCUUUUGCGGGAUGUCUCAGCCGUUCGACUCCAAAAAGAAGACCGAAAUAACAGAAAUAAAAGCUCUGUUCGUCUCGUCGAGCCGUCAGCUGACCGUACGAAACGUCACUGGACAUGUGGAUCAUUCAUUACUGCGGCUUUCAGUGAAGUAACGGUCGUUUUGACCGACGAUGUGGGCGAAAAGAGACAGAUUUUGACCCAAAAAACAGUCCAGUCUGGGCCUUCACUUCGACCCAACCAUGACCCUGAGUUUGACCCCCGCCGCCAUGUGCCAGUGCUUCACUCUGGUGUCUCUCUGCACCUCCAUCGCCGAUCCCAACUGGAUUAACGUACAGAACGGCUCAGACUCGAACAGCAAGCAGCUCAUUUACGGAGUGGCAUUCACACUGCGCUCUGCACAGAACCUCACACACACCGGUCCUCUGGGUGGAGUGAAUGGACUCGGGAUGAGGCUGCUCUACACGCUGGCUGCCAUGUGCUACAGCGCUGUGCUGCUCUCCAGCUCCUCCUUCUUCUUGGACUUCCUGGGCGCUGGGUUCAGCCACUCCAGACUGGUGUCGUCGCUUCAUGUCUCCACAGCCUUGCUGUGUUUGGUGGUCCUGGGGGUCAGCGGGGCGUGUCUAUAUGUAAUCCAGCAGAACGUGCAGAAGGAAGCACUGGGCCCUUCCAGCCAUACCAGUGGACUCUACGCCUUACCUGGAGAGAGCUUUUUCAUCGAGAUCUUGGCCCUUUUCUUCUCCCUCAUCGCUGUGGCCUUUAGCUUCUGCUGCCCCCUAGAGCCCAUCGCUCCAUACCGGGACCUCUCUGAGGAGUCUGUAGAUGGAGAGGGAGAGAGGGAGCCGCUGAUCGGAGGGACGGGAAAGGACGGAGAGGCGUGGGGAGAGGGAGACUGGCCCAAUACUGAUUAGUCUUUACAUGUUUUUUAAGCAUCGUUGCUGUUGUAGGAACACCUCGCAUCCCAGAAACGGUAACUUUACAUGAGCAGGAAAAAAAAAAA